AUGUCCCAAUUCAAGAGACUUGUCAGAUUUUCCUUGGGCGACAAGGUCUGCUACGGCGACCUUGUCGAAUCCAACGGCGAUGAGCACACUGUCGAGCGACUUGACGGGAGCCUCUUUGAUGACCUCGAAAGAACCGGAGACAUUGUGAAAACGAGCCAGCUCCUUUGUCCGCUGGAGCGCACACCCCUCAUCGUCUGCAUUGGGCUCAACUACAAGAAGCAUGCCCAGGAAGCCAAUCUAUCCGUGCCGACGUACCCAGUCGUAUUCACCAAGCCUGCUGAUGCUCUCGCUGGACCAGCCGACGUCAUCCGUACACAUCCCGAUGCGCGCCCCAUGCUCGAUUUCGAGGGCGAGCUGGCCAUUGUCAUAGGGAAAGACGCCAAGGACGUAGCGGAAGAGAACGCGCUGGACUACGUUCUCGGAUUUUCGGCUUCAAACGACGUCUCGGCGCGAAACUUUCAGCUCCCCGAGGCGUCGGGUGGGCAGUUUUGUUAA